AUGGACCGAACCAGAAGCCUAUUGCUGAACCGCCUGAGCUCUCUGUUUUCAGCCGACAUCUUCGUCACGAUAGAAGUUGAAGAAGACGGAAAUCUCUCAUCGUGUCUGCAUGCACUGCUAUGCCGAAGAAAAGACAUUUUCAUCUCGCAAGUCUACUGCAAGCCAACCCAUACGCUGUACGACUCAAACGCUGCGGUCGAAACGUCGUCGGCAACGUCAUACGCGAACGACUUGGAGCAGCGGCUGUUGCUGGCCAGCAAAGGCAGCAUCCUCCCCUCCGGAUUUGGCAGCAUUCCGCUGGCGACGUCCGCCUACUUCCCGCCCGACUUCCGGUUACAGCUGCAGCAGUACCCGUUUCUAUCGCCAUUCGUCACCAACCUGACCGACUGUGCCUCAGGCCUGUUCGUCUUUCCGCAGUACGGCACUGGGGGUAAUCCAUUGAACAGCCUCGGUAUGGCCGGAUCGAAGAGCCAGCUGCCGCGAGUGCCGUUGAACAAUUCGCAGACGCCCACGACCAAGAAAAAAGGCAGAUGGUGCGCGAUGCACGUGCAGAUCGCAUGGGAUAUAUACAACCGCAUCAAGUGCUCCGAGUACGGGUCCGGUCGCGCGGCGCAAGACUCGGCUGCUGCUGCCGCUCUCCUCGACCACCAGCAACACGCCAAAAACCAGGCGCCAUUCUCAUUCCGUAAGUGGUACUUCUUGAGGUCGGUCGGAGCCGGUCUCUGUUCGGCUGCCAUACUUUGGUUGUCGGAAAUACUGGAUAAGGAUGAUAUAUACAUAUAUAAGGAUGAGCAGUUGGUCAACAAAAAUGACAAAAUAACGGAUAAUUAG